AUGCCGAUCAAGUGGAUAUUGGUUAUUUUAGUCAUUAGUGUUGCUUCCACCCAAGGCCAGUUUUGUCAAUUUCGGCGUGACAUUGCGGGUUCAUCAAGCCAGGAAAACUCGGGAUCUUCUGAAUCCUCGGGGUCCACCACAAUCGGAACCUUGUCUCAGUUGCACAAGGACGAUUGUCCUUGUUUCCACAACGAUACCCAACCUGGCGAUUGUGACGUGGGUUCCUUUCAUCCGGCUCGCCCCCUGCUACCUUGUGCAUUCCUGCCCGAAGAAUUUAUUGAGUGCGACAGCCCCAUUGAUCACAAGAACGACGCUGCCGCCAAGAAAGAUCUUGGUUAUGGAUGUCUAAAGAUUGGGGGUGGACUCCGUUGGGAGGACAUUGAAAAAACUGAAGUGUGUUGUCGUGCUCUAGAUUGCAUUGAGUGUCGGGGGAAUCGGACGUUUCUACGUGGGGGGGUGCCUUGUGUGAAGUAUUCCAACCAUUAUUUUCUUACCACUCUCCUCUAUUCCAUUCUUCUUGGAUUCCUGGGUUUGGAUCGGUUUAGCUUGGGUCAAACCGGGACAGCGGUAGGUAAGCUAGUCACUGUCGGAGGGUUGGGAGUGUGGUGGAUUGUGGAUAUAUUUCUUAUCAUCUCCGGACAACUCAUGCCCGAAGAUGGAAGUCACUGGAAUCCAUAUGCAUGA